UUACUGAGUACUUGCUCAAAGUAAACUACGGAGUAAUAGGAUAUUGGGGCAUUUUCACGGGCACUCUCCUACUUUCUCUCCUCCAUUGAAGCGUACUCUGAAUUCUCCGUUAAAGCGGCUAGUGAGCUUCCUCUCCUCCAUUGAAGCAGCUUCUCUUAGGUUAGAUCAGCUGUGUUUGUACUUCCAAAGAGGCAGCUUUUUUUAUUGUGAAGAUUUUUUCUUGCGUUCCCUAAAUCUCUGGUGGAAUAUGCAUUUCAUUAAGCAUUUAAGAAACUUACAUGUAAGGUCUAUGUUUGAAAAAAAGUAUAUCUUAUCUCAAGCUCGCUGUCUGCAAACUGACGUAGCUCAGAAGACCAAGCCUAAAAAGUACAAAUAUCCCUCAGUCUACGACCCAUAUGGAUCAAGACCAGCACCAUCGGAAAAAGUCAAUCAGUUAGCAGAGCAAAUUAUUACCCUAACGGCUGAAGAACGAGCUCAAAUUGGUCCAGCACUCAGAGAGAUACUCAAACAUCCUAAAUUGGAGAAGAUUUCAACAGAAGGCUUAGACUUGGGUGCUGCAGCUGCUGGAACCAACACUCAGGCUGAGGAGAAAAAGGAAGAAAAAACUGCAUUUGACGUGAAGUUGGAGAAGUUUGAUGCUACUUCCAAACUUAAGGUGAUCAAGGAAGUCAGGGCGUUGACCAGUCUAGGACUGAAGGAAGCCAAAGAGCUUGUGGAAAAGGCACCGGUAGUACUUAAACAGGGGCUCACAAAAGAAGAGGCAGAAGGCAUAAUUGAGAAAAUAAAGGCUGCUGGAGGAGCUGCAAUAAUGGAGUGAAACAGAACAAAGACAGAAAGAAAAACCCAUUAAAAAAAUGGAUAGGUUUCAGGAGCUUCUGGUGUUUUUUACGCUUCUAAUAGACAGCAAUUGUUCCGGCUACUACGAGAAAUGAAGAGAUUAGUAGUUUGGCAUAUUUUUCGUUGGGACUUAAUGGUGUUGGUUAGUUGUGCUGUAGUCCAAUGUGCUUGUAACUGGGAUUUUCUUCUAAGUUCUGAAUAUUAUUGAUAUUUUUGGUCCAACGAGUCCUGACUUUAACAAUAAGAAUUAAGAACUAGGAAGAAAAUAUCAAAUCAGUACCCUUGAGAACAGGUUUGGCACUUCUUAGUUUUUUGGUCCAACAAGUGCUCCAAUAUUAUUCUUGUUUUAUCUUUGUUCUGUA